AUGCCAAGAGCAAGAGCGUAUCUUCAAGUCCAGCUUGUGUUGGAAGCCAGCCCGACUUACCCCCAAAGAGAAGGAAGCUAUUCGCGCAAACACGCCCCCGCCAUGGCAAACCCCACUGCGGCCUUGAACGCCCUGCUGCGAGGUACGACGAUUGAGGACCACGAGGAAGUUCUCAAAGCCGCCAAUGCUGUCCUGAAGACCUCGAAAGGCGACCCCGAUGCCUUACACACCCGAGCGGUUGCCCUCCUCAAGCUCGACCGCUUCGCAGACGCCCUACGAGCCCUCGACGACGGUGGAGACAAGCUGGCAGGGCGCUGCGUACUCGAGAAGGCAUAUGCGCUAUACAAGACCGGGCAGCUCGCCGAGGCGCACAGGCUUGUUCAGGGCGCAAGCAAGAGGGGUUUGAAGCAUGUAGCCGCCCAGGUUGCGUAUCGCGCCGAGAGAUUUGAGGACGCGGCUCGAAUCUACCAAGAAUUGAGUUCGCAAUCCGGAUCAAUCGAAGGGGAGGAGAACGAUCUACGGAUCAACAGCUCUGCCGCGGAUGCGCAGCUGGAGUGGCAAGGCAAUGGAGACAAAGUCGAGCCGAGCCGGAAGAAGCCAUCGAGGGAGGAUUUGGAGGCAUUCGAGACGGCGUAUAAUGCUGCCUGUGGAUAUAUCGCUAGAGGAGACUUGGGCUCGGGAAGCGUGCUAUUGAAGAGGGCAAGAGAUCUUUGUGAAGCAUUGGACGAUUUGAGUGAACAGGAGAAGAGAGCAGAGGUCCUUCCAAUUAUGGUUCAACAAGUCUAUGUUCUGACAAAGCUCGGAAAGGUAGAAGAGGCCGAAGGCUUGCAAAAGAUGAUCAGCAUUGCUGAUGUCCCCGAGCCUCCUACCCGCGUCAUCGCACAAAAUAACAGUCUGGCCGCCUCAACCAAGGUUGAUAAUCCUUACAUGACUCAACGUAUGUUCGAGGCAGUCCCUGUUCUUUCUCCGACGGAAAAGCUAUUCAAACACCAAGCGAGUAUUUUGGAGCGUAAUAGAUAUGCCGUUAAUCUCCAGUCGCGAAAGUUUGCUGGAGUUGCAUAUUCUACCGCUUCGGUAAUCUCAACCUCGCCAUCUCCAACCAUCUCGCCAUAUAUCAGCUCUCUAGCGGUUCUCAACGCAGCCGGCCACGCAAAAAACGAGAUAGGGAAAGCCAGUCUCAAAACCAUUCUUCCCAUAUUGGAAGAGCGACCCAAAGAUGUUGGUCUGAUUCUCGUCAUCAUCCAGCUCUACAUCCUAACCAACAACCCUGGGUCCGCCAUAAACCUUCUCGAAUCUUUCUUCAAGCGUCUCGAAGAGUCCACGUCGCCCGCCGACCAAGACGUCCGCUUUGCCCCUGGCCUCGUUGCCCUUGCCGUGUCCCUCUAUCGACUCUCCGGCCGCAAAGCCCCCAUCAAGACAGAAUUAGGAAGAGCCGCCUCCUACUGGCGCCGGAAAUCUAAACCCUCUGUAUCACUCCUCCGCGCAGCAGGCAUCGCUCACUUGGAGUCUGCAAGCUCGAGAGAUCUCUCCACAGCCGGUGAGAUCUUUUCCACCCUCCGGACCCAAGAUCCCAACGACCGCACCGCCAUUGCCGGCUACGUCGCUUCUUACGCUACCACCGAUCUCGCGAAAGUCACUCCUGAUCUCGAAAAGCUAACUCCCAUCUCCCGCCUCAUCUCCGGCAUCGAUGCCGCCGCUCUCGAAGACGCGGGAAUCCCCUCUGUCCUGGUCCCGGCGGUAGCAGCAACGACCAAGAAACGCAGCGCCGAAGAGAAAGAAAAGACCAUGCUGCGGAAGAAACAGAAGCUCAGCAAGAAGCGCAUGCCGAAGGACUUCGAAGAGGGCAAGAAGAUGGAUCCAGAGCGAUGGCUGCCGCUUCGCGAUCGCAGUAGUUAUCGGCCGAAGGGCAAGAAGGGGAAGAAGAAGGCGGCGGAUUUGACGCAGGGUGGCGUGGUCAAGGAAGAGGAGAGUUUGGAGCUGGCUGGGGGAGCGGGCAGUGUCAAGGUGGAGAAGGCGUCCGGAGGGAAGCCAAAGAAGAAGAAGGGGAAGAAGUAG